UUAUUUAAACACAGCAAUGUACAAAUUAAAAUGAGAUGAAAAACCAACAAUGUCCAUAGGCUACAUAUAACCCCAUAUCUACUGUAUGGAGCAUUAUUGACACUAUGUUAUUUCAGUUAUGUAUACUUUUAUUUUGUUUGGUGAUUCGUGUACCCGAAAACAUCGUUUUUGUUAUUGCUAAGAAUUCUUAUUAUUAUUUCACCACUUCAAUCGCACUUUUGAGGACUUUGUCAUAUUCAAAAACUCUUGAAUUUUUGCACAUUUAGAUAUUCUUGUGGUCUCGCAACUAGGGGAUAUACAAAAGUGUAUUUUUUUCCCACUUUUACCGAUUGACUUGAACAUUGAUUGCAAGGAGGACAUGGAGCGAGGCAAUGAUCUUCUCAUCAAACCCUCAAAUAAAUAAGCCAAUAAGCGUAUUUCCCAAAAUGUCUAAUUAUUUAUUUGAUUGGCUGCACCCUGAACAGCAGGGGGCCUGCCUCUCUUUAUUCCUUUCUCGUUAGUGAAGGUGUUUGCUAUGAACCGGCUCCCACCAGUGACUUCAGCAGAAGAAUGAGUCUAUGUUUGCUCUCUUCCAUAUUCCUCCCUCCCCUUCAGCCCGUGCCAAGAAGGCAGCAGUAAUAAGUGCUUUAUUAAAGAGCCUUUGUGCGAGGCUGAGCUCAGUUUGUGUCCAAGCCUCCCGGGCUCCUCUGCAGCGCUCUGAUCCCUCACUUGCUCCCCGAAGGUGGUCACAAAGCACACCUGAAAACGACGCCAUGAACUGGGCCUUCCUGGAGGGCCUCCUCAGCGGGGUGAACAAACACUCCACGGCGUUCGGCCGCAUCUGGCUCGCCAUCGUCUUCAUCUUCCGGCUCCUGGUCUUCCUGGUGGCCUGCGAGAAGGUCUGGGGCGACGAGCAGAAGGACUUCGACUGCAACACCCGGCAGCCCGGCUGUCACAACGUGUGCUACGACCACUACUACCCCGUCGCCUACACGCGCCUCUGGGCCCUGCAGCUGAUCUUCGUCACCUGCCCGUCCCUCCUGGUGACGCUGCACGUGUCCUACCGGGAGGAACGCGAGCGCAAGCACCGGCUGAAGCACGGGGACGACUGCGCCCCCCUGUACGACCACACGGGGAAGAAGCGAGGGGGCCUGUGGUGGACCUACUUCCUGAGCCUGCUGUUUAAGAUACUGGUGGACGGCGUGUUCGUCUUCCUGCUGUUCUACAUCUACGAGGCCACGUUCUUCCCGCCGCUGGUGAAGUGCGACGAGGAGCCGUGUCCCAACGUGGUGGACUGCUACAUCGCCAGGCCCACGGAGAAGAGGAUCUUCACCAUCUUCAUGGUGGUGACCAGCUUCGCGUGCAUCCUCCUCACUCUCAUCGAGGUCUUCUACCUGUGCUGCAAGAGGCUCCGGGAGUGCUGCCGAGGAGGAGGAGGUCGCUCGGCGAGAGAGAACUCCUUCGCGAUGGUCAGAACGCCCGAGAGCGGGAAGCGGAACUCGGCCUUCAAGGAGAAGGACAAGAUGGUGGACAACGAGAGUUCAGCGCCAGCGUACAGCGUCGCCGUCUCUUGAGAGACAUGUUUGAUUUGUAGGAAUAUGGAACUGUGUUUGGUAGCUUUGGGGCUGCUCCGCAUUUAUCUGCAACAUGUCAGUGGUUUCGAAGGAAUGUCAGAUUUUCUGCCCUUUCAAAAUAAUGAUUUUUGUCCCAUAAUAUAUUGUUGUCUUUUUACGACUGCUGACCUAAAAUCACUGAUGAAUUAAAGGACAUUUAAAAGAAUGUUUGUCAAGUGAGAUGUUUUUUGUCGUUGUUGAGAUGUGAGUGUGUGUAAUGUAACACAAACUCGCUUGAACCAGAAAAUGAAGAUGAUAUUUUAUAAAAUAAA